AUGGAAGAAACUCAGAGGCUGUGGAAGAAUAAAGAAGGAAUCCUGCAGUGCUUUAUCAUGCUGUUUGUGUGGAAGGCCAUUGCUGAGCAGAUUCGCUAUUCCAUUCCUGAAGAGAUGCAGAAAGGCUCCUUUGUGGGGAAUAUCACAAAGGAUCUGGGAAUGGAUGGAAAGCAUCUUUCAGAACAUGGACUCCGGAUUAUCUCCCAUAGAGGUACAAGUCAGUAUUUUACUUUAAAUGUCAUCACUGGCCAUUUGCAAACCUCUGAGAGAAUAGACAGGGAGGAAAUUUGUGGAAAGGCGGAGGACUGCUUGUUAAAUUUACAGGUUAUUAUUGAGAAUAAGUUAGAGAUCUAUGGAAUUGAAGUGAAAAUUAUUGACAUAAAUGAUAAUGCUCCACAGUUCUCAUCCGGGAAACAGAAACUGAAAAUUAGUGAGUCAUCUAUGCUGGGGUCCCAGUUUCCUCUUCCUGAAGCUCAAGAUCCAGAUCUGGGCACCAAUUCUGUACAGAGCUACCAUCUGAUAGGCAGCAGCCAUUUUUCUUUAGAUGUGCAAACGAGAGAAACUGGUGCUAGGCACAUCAAACUGGUGUUGGAAAAAAGUCUGGACAGGGAAGAGCAACCAGUUCAUGAUCUAAUCCUCACCGCUACCGAUGGGGGCGAUCCCGUGAGAUCUGGCACUACGCAAAUCCAUGUUAUAGUUCUGGAUGCAAAUGACAACGUGCCCGUUUUCAGCCAGCCAGCCUACAAAGCUAAGGUUGAAGAAAACAUUCCUAAAGGGUCCGUUAUAGCUGCUGUAAGAGCCACUGAUCUAGAUGAAGGCAUCAAUGGAGAGAUAAAAUAUUCAUUCAAAAAAAUCACAGAGAAAGAUUCUAAAACGUUUCUUUUAAACUCAACGACUGGUGUUAUAACACUUGUAGGCAGUCUUGAUUAUGAGGAGGCUUCGCUACAUGACUUUGAGGUGAAUGCAGAGGAUGGGGGCGGGCUUAGUGACUGGUCACAAGUUGUGGUUGUGGUUACGGAUCUGAAUGACAAUGCCCCUGAAAUGGCAACCAACUUUUUAAUCAACACCAUACCUGAAAACUCUCCAGUAGGCACUGUUAUCGCUCUCUUAAAUGUGCAAGAUAGAGAUUCAGGAGUCAAUGGUGAGGUCACGUGCUCAAUCCCAAAUGAACUGCCUUUCCAAUUGAAGAAAUCGAUGGACCACUUUUAUAGUUUAGUGACAUAUGAUAACCUUGACAGGGAGAGAGUAGGAAACUAUAAUGUUGUCAUUACUGCUGCUGAUAAUGGGACGCCAUCACUUUCUACGUCUGCCCACAUAUCACUACAGAUUCUAGACAGAAAUGACAAUGCUCCUGUAUUUGCAGAAUCAUCCUACGUGUCUUAUCUCCUGGAGAAUAAUCCAAGAGGAGCCUCGAUUUUUUCUUUAACCGCAAAUGAUCCGGAUUGUGACGAGAAUUCUAGAAUAACUUAUUCAGUCAUUGAAGGACACAAGAAUUCCAUUCUUUCCUCAUACUUGUCUAUUAAUUCCGAAACUGGGGUUGUUUAUGCCUUAAACUCCUUUGAUUAUGAGCAAUUCAGAGAAAUUAAUUUCCAGGUCAAGGCUCAAGAUGGAGGCUCCCCGCCACUCAGCUCCAAUGUCUCAGUGAUUCUCUUAAUUUUAGAUCAAAAUGACAACUCUCCCCAAAUCUUGUACCCUUCGGCUCCCACUGAUGACUCCACUGGAGUAGAGCUGGCCCCUCGCUCCUCUGAGCCUGGCUAUCUGGUCACUAAGGUGGUGGCGGUGGAUGCAGAUUCUGCCCAGAAUGCCUGGCUCUCCUAUCAGUUAGUGAAGGCCACAGAGCCUGGGCUGUUCACCAUAGGACUCCACACUGGAGAGAUCAGGACAGCCCGUUUCUUUGUGGACAAGGAUGCUCUCAAGCAAAGCCUGGUGGUUUUAGUGAAGGACAAUGGGCAGCCACCUCUGUCUGCCUCAGUCACAGUCACAGUGGUGCUAGCUGACAGCAUCCCUGAUGUCAUCACAGAUCUGAGCAGCAUCUCAGCUCCUGAAGACCCCCAAUCAGACCUCACCUUCUACCUGGUGGUUGCUGUGGCUUUUGUCUCCUGCUUGUUUUUCGCCUUCCUCCUUGUACUGCUGGCUCUCAGACUUCGCAGAUGGAGGCAUUCUCAGUUGUGUGAUUCUGGGAGUGUGACUUUCACCGGUGUUCCUGUCUCACAGUUUGUGGGGAUCGAUGGAGUCCGAGCAUUUCUUCGCUCCUACUGUCACGAGCUUUCAUUAACUUCGGGUUCUCGGAAAAGUCAGAUUCUCUUUCCAAUUGGAAGCUGCACAAAUACUCUGACACCGCAGCAGGCUUGCGAUCAACCGGAUCCUUUGUUAAUCACAGGUGAUUCAGCCGUCAUUGGUGAUGAAGCCGCAAUAAGUCAGGUAGGCAUGUCAACUCUAUUUAUUUUAACAUUCCAAUUGGGUCUUUGUCCUUGUUCAUAA